AAGUAUCUCAGUAUUAUUACUGCAUUGUCGGUGAAAAAGUUUAUCAUGGACGAACAAAUGGAAAGUAAAGAUUGGCGAUAUUCUCGAUAGAUUUCUUGUUGUACUCGAUCAUAUGAAGGUCUAAGGCAAACUGUACAAUCAUGUCGGAAUCUGUUUCGAGCCGGAUCACCCGGCUUCAGCAAUUACUGAGCGGCAGAAGUGGAAGGAAGGUUCCAUUAUUAGACAAAGAGGCGCUGCUAGACUCGUUGAUGGUUUUGUACACAGAAUGCUCAUCUGAUGUUAUGUUGAGGGACAAAAACAUUGGAACAUUUAUAAAAAAGUUCAAACCUGUCAUGGAUGAAAUAAAGCAACUAAGGUUAAAGAAAUCAGACUUUGAAAUAAGGAAAACAAUUGGACGAGGUCAUUUUGGAGAGGUUCAUGUUGUUCGAGAAAAGGUGACAGGAAAUGUCUAUGCUAUGAAAGUCUUAAAGAAGAAUGAGACACUUUCCCAAGACAAUGUUGCUUUUUUUGAAGAGGAGAAAGACAUUAUGGCUUUUGCAAAUAACCCUUGGAUAACAAAACUUCAAUAUGCUUUUCAAGAUAUAGAAAAUUUGUAUUUGGUUAUGGAUUUUCAUCAAGGUGGCGAUUUACUAGGCUUGCUUAGUAAAUACGAUGAUGUACUUGAUGAAGAUAUGGCAAGAUUUUAUCUAGCAGAAAUGGUGAUGGCUAUUCAUGCAGUCCACGCUUUAGGAUAUGUACACAGGGACAUUAAACCAGAGAAUGUACUUAUAGACCGAACUGGACAUAUAAAACUAGUUGAUUUUGGCUCAUCAGCAAAGCUCUCAUCUGCAAAGAUGGUACACAGCAAAAUGCCUGUUGGCACCCCAGAAUACAUUGCGCCUGAAGUAUUAACAAGCAUGGAUGGUUCAAGUGGCAAGUACGGAAUUGAAUGUGACUGGUGGAGUCUUGGCGUGUGCAUGUACGAAAUGCUGGUUGGCAACACGCCUUUCGAAGCAGACUCUGUAGUUGUCGUUUACAGUCUUAUCAUGGAUUUCAAGAACUCGCUAAAAUUUCCGGACGACUUGACGAUCAGCGACGAUGCCAAAGACUUAAUUCGGAGGUUGCUAUCUGAUCGAAAAGAACGCAUUGGCUACGAAGGACUCGCGAAUCAUGGCUUUUUUAAAGGUAUCGAUUGGACGACACUGCAGGAUGCGGUGCCUCCUUAUGUCCCCACCAUCAGCAGCACAGACGACACAUCAAACUUUGAUGAAUUUGAAUCCGAAUCUAGUGGACCAAGGAUAGAAGAUUUCAUGAAAGGGAAGGAAGGCUUCAAUGGCAAAAACCUUCCUUUUAUUGGUUUCUCCUUUACAAGGCAACUGAACGCUGCCUUAUUCUCAGACGGGAGAUAUCCAGAACCGACCUCUCCGCUCCCCGAAACUGGCUCGUCUAGGGCGAGCUUUUCGAGUCAAAAGUCUGUCAAGUCUCAAGAACUGAAGGAUACUCUCCAGCAAUUAUCAACUGCUAAUAUUGAACUAGAAAAAGCCCAAAAGCAAGUUGAGGAGCUGAAAAAAUCACUGGCGGAGAAGGAUAAGAAUUUGAAAAAGGCACAAGAUGAAAGAGAUGCUACGGAGAAAGAAAAGGUUCUCUUUGAUACUGAGAUCAAGAGCAUGCAAAGGCGGCUGGAUAUGGAGAGAGAAGAUCGCCAGAAAGCGGAAAUUGAAACGUUGAAACUUAUUAAUGAAUUGAAAGAAAAUAAUCGAAAGGCGGAUGGUCUGAGGGACAUGGAAAUGAAGCAAUCGUUGGAAGAACAAAAACAGCUUGUAGCCCAGUUGGAGCAAGAAAGAUUCGUCGCAAAUAGACGUGCCCAGCAUUUAGAAUCGGAGCUUAGUGACAAAAAGAAGUCUUUUGAAGAAACAAAGAAUUACGUCGCAGAACUCAAAUCGAAAUUAUCCAAGGUUAACGAGGAUACAAAAGCGAACGUUUCGGAUCUUCACGAGAAACUCACAAAAGUCUCGAAUGACAGUGAGAAAAGGAUAAAGGAAUUCCAAGAAAAACUUAAUAAGGCACUUGCUGCUUGUCAAGAAGCUACAGAUCGCUGGCAUAGCGUCGAGCGCGAAAAAGAAGAUUUGCAUCGAGACUUUGAAGAAUUGACGGCCUUUGUCAAUCAGAUGAAAGAAAAUGAAGUAAAGGAGGAAGCUAAAAAACAGGAAGCGAGCACUACAGAAGAAAGUCUGAAGAAAGAGUUAAGACUCAAAUCUGAAAAGCUGAGCCUACUUGAGCAAGAGAAUCAGGACGUGAGGAUCCAAAUCGAAGAAUCGGAAAUUAAAUAUAGGAAACUUAUCGAAGCUCGAGACGAAAUGAAGAAAGAACUUGGGAAAAGGAUUGAGGAGCUAGAAGGGGCUCUGGAGGACACGAGAAAAGAUCAGAAGAAAUUGCAGUUGCAACACAAGAAGCUUCAAGAGGAAUUUGAAGAGAAAGAGCAGAUCUCAGGAAACAAAGAAGAGACGAUAAGGUCGCUGAAAGACACCUGCAGAAAGUUAGAAGAGCAGAUGAAGAGUAUAAUGGUGGACAGAAGCAUUGACGUGCAGAUCAAAGAGCGGGAAAAGAAGCUCGAAGGCGAUGUACACUUGAAUCAGCAAAAGAUUGACGUGUUGCAGCAAGAGAAGACAAGCCUAGAGCACAGGAUCAAUCUCCUGCAAUCGGACCUUAAAACUGAGCAACAAAGCAAUUCAUCUCUUAGAAAACGGCUUGAAGAUGGAGAAAGGCAUUUACACGAGACCACGGAGCAAUUCGAAACAAAGGUGUCCAAGUUGCAAAAGGAGCUACAACGGGCUAAUAGCGAGGCAGAAAGGGCUACGAAGGAGCUUUCGACCACAAGGAGGUCAGCUGAUAGUCUGCAUGAUAAGAUAAUGCAAUUGCAGACUGAGGUGGAAAGGCAAAGGCACAUUGCAGAGGACCCCAGCAAAUCAAAGGCUGUGGAUGACCUGGAAGCAAAGGUUAAACAGCUGACAAAGGCCUUGAAUGAUUCUAAAACUGAUAAGAAGAGCUUCGAUGUAAAACUUCGUCACGCUAAUAAGCAAGCGACCGAUUUGAAAAUGGCGAAAGAACAGCUUGAAGAGGAGCUUAAAGAAAAGGAGAGGCAGUAUGAAAGCCAGGAUCUGACGAUUGCAAUGUUGAAACAAACCUGUACAAUGUUUGAAGGACAAGUCGAGGAGCUUGAAGUUAUGAAUGAUGAGUAUUUGGAUCGUGAAGACCAAUGGAACAUUCUCAAACGACAAUUAUAUGAUAGUCAAGAGAAACUCCAAGAGCAGCUAGAAGACGCUCUCAAGGCACUGGACUUAGAACGAUCAGAGAGGCAAAAGAUGACGGACAGGUACAGUAAUAUUGAAGAGAAUGUUGAUGACGUGAAACGAGAGUACACCAGGCAGAUCGAUCAACUAGAAUACAAAACAAAGCAACAAGAAACAAGAAUCAAAGAAUUGAAUGAUAUGGUCAUUGAGUCUGAGAAGAAGCAGGCCUUAGCUGCAGUGAGCAUUAGAACUGCAGAGAGAAAGCUCGAAUCUGAGAUGGAAGAAAACAAAAAACUUCAGUCAGAGGCUUCAAGGUUAAGUGAUUUGAUGACAAACCAGAAGACAUCAAACUUUGCGCUGUCGCAAGAACUUGAAACUGCUCAGGAGAAGCUCGACGAGUUUCUUGUGGAGAAAGAAAAUUUGCAGAACCAGAUCGAAAGAACCGCCUAUGCCCAUGCGGAGGAGAAAAUUAAACUAGAGUCCACACUAGCCCAACAAACGAAAUUGAUUGACUUCCUCAAUGCGAAAGUUGUUGAAAGCGCUCCGAAAGGCAAAAAGGGCAAGUUUUAUCCUGCGAUGAAACCGGGAAAGACCCCCAUGGUGGAUGCUGGCCAACAGGUGCCAAGGCGGUAUCGAGAAGUCGAGCAAGCUCUUGAAAAGGAGAAGAAUACUAACAUUCAACUUCAUGUACAACUCACGAAUGCCAUGAAAGAGCUGCAGCAAGUGCGGUCUGAGUUGCUUCAGGUGAAGUCGCUUUCACGAACCUCCACGAUCAGUGCUCCAGGGACGCCAACAGGCCAACGAAAAGAAAACGAGGUAUUGCAAAUGCUGCAGAAGAGUCCUGGCAGCCAGAGUAUUGUAUCGACGACGUCAAAAAUCUCCACCUCUAGCAGCAUUUCAGAACUGAACUUAAAGCAAAGCAGCAGCACGUCAAGUGAUAGCUCAAUUAAAUCGCAAGUCUCAAUGGAAAGAAUGCACCAUAACAUACCACAUAGAAUGCAAGCAACUCUGAAUAUGCAACCCUUGAAAUGCCCCGUGUGCCUCAACAGUGCCCAUUUUGGCAAGCAAGUAUCAAAAUGCUCCGAAUGUGGCUUGGUUUGCCAUUCAAAGUGUGCGCCUUCGCUUCAAAACACGUGUGGCCUUCCUAGCAAAUUCAUUUCCCAUUUCAGCAGCAGUAUUAAAGGGAAUCGAGGCUCUACAGUUCGAGACGAGGCUUACGAAUCUUCGAAUGGUGAUGUUAAGAUGAGUGGCUGGCUGAAAAUUCCCAGAAAGGGAUCAGCCAUGAAGCAAGGAUGGGAUAACAAGUGGAUCGUCCUUGAAGACAUGAAAUUAUCGACCUAUGACAGCGAAAACACCGAUGCUGGACCCAUUGAUGUCAUGGACCUUGACGUUACUGAUGGCGAAGUAAACAUCAAUCCUGCUGUUCCUGCUUCCGAACUUCUCGGAACUGCAAGCACUGACGUACCUUACGCCAUGUCUGUUGAAUUAGUGCCGUAUACAACUUGUUGGCCGGGCAGAACACUGUAUGUUUUAGCGCCAACGUUUGAUGACAAACAGAAGUGGGCCACUGCUCUUGAAUCGGUUGCAAAUGACAUCAAGAAGACCCAUAAAGAUGAAGAAAAAGGUACCAUUGGAAAUCUAAUUCUGCGUUUGGAAGGGAAGUCUUUCAUCGAUGCCAACUGUACAGUGGCUCUCAACGAAGACAUUAUGCUUGUUGGGGCAGAAGACGCCUUGUAUGGAGUUGCUACCAGGAAUGGAGGCAAGAAGAAGCCCAUAGGAAUACCAGGCGUUGGAAACGUGUAUCAGAUGGCACAUAUCGAUGCUCUUGGUAUUAUUAUCGCGAUAACGGGUAAAGACCGUCUUCUUUGUCGAAUCGAAGUAAAAGAAUUAUCGACAAAAUGGAGGCAUUUGAUCUCUUCAAGCAGACCGCAAUCCGUUCACUCAAAGGUCAUCGAGAAAGUUAAAAAUUGCCACCUGUUUGCCGUCGGAAAAGUAUCUGGAGCCUAUUACAUUUGCGCAGCUUUGUCAAACAAGAUUCUGUUAUUACGUCAUAACAGUGGGUCUUUUGCUCUCAAGCAGGAGAUUGAAACUGCUGAACCCUGCAGUUGCAUACAAUUCACAAAGACUCAUGUGGUUUACGGCGUUGACAAGUUCUACUGUGUUGAUGUCAGGCAGUUAAACUCGCCCCAAGAUUUUUUGGAUUCAAGCGAUACAACAUUGGCCUUCGCAGUGUUUGGAAUGACGCAAGUGCACACAUUCCCCAUAGCAAUUUUCACUGUGAAAAAUUCAAUGGGUAAAGAAGAGCUUUUGUUGUGUUACAACGAAUUUGGAGUUUUUGUUGACGAAGAUGGUCGAAGGACAAGACCUUGCGAUUUGAAGUGGAACAGACUUCCUUUAGCUUUUGAUUAUCGAGCACCGUUUCUAUACGUUGCACAUUUCAGCUCUCUCGAGGUCUGCAAUAUACCGUUAGAUAUGAGUAAAGAUGUGAGAACCUUCUCAAGAAAAUUCGUCGAUAUAGCAAGCCCGCGAUUCCUCGGUCAUGAUUUCCCAGUGGCCUCCUUGGUAAUAUCAUCCACACAGGGUUACAAUGUAGACAUUUUAUCAUUCCGUGGUAAUAUGGUAACUGGCUUUACAGACACUAAGCUGUUAAGCGAAGGCGCGUCUGGUCCAGAUAUAACAAGAUCAACGUCAAAUGUAUCAAUUUGCUCAGAUGAAGAAACAUCGCGUAAAAUAGGAAAGGAAUCACCAGUGCCGUUCAGAAGGAAAGAUCCUAAGGGAGGCGACAAGAGGGAUAACAGACUGAGCUCAUUUAGGAUACCCUUUUCAUUUAAAGGCUCGAAAAGGAACUCGCAGCUAGGUGACUAGGGCGAUAUUUAUGAAGAGUUGGUGAUUGCUUUCUGUAGUGACGUCAUUGUGGAUUGGGUCAUCCAACGCCAAUGUAAUGGUAAAUAUAAAACCAAGGUGUAAAUGUAAUAGCUAGGAGCGAUGGAAAUGGUUGUUAGCAUUUUUAUAACAUUUUGAUACAGCAGAUUAAAGCUGAUAUCAAAAAGCUAAAACGAAAGUUCGUGUUUGUGUUGUUGGCUUUUGAUAGAUUUCUAAACUAUGUAUUUAUCUUGGCCAUAAAAUGCUUGCGUAACGUCGAUAAGCAGUGAGUUUCGGGGUUUUCCCCGAUGCAGCACAAGCUAAGGGUACAAAUAAAGUGUUGACAUUUUGUUGUAAAGUAAAUUUUUUCAGCCGAUUUCUGUAGAAUGUUUAGCUCCCUUGUAUCUUCGAGUAGUCUCGACAAAAAAUCAGACUGAGCUCGUACUUGCAAUGUAGCAAUUAUUCAAAUUUUAAAAUGAUUUUAGUAUGAUUAAAAUUACUAGUUUGAAACUAAUUUUAACUUGAGCUACAGUUUUCCUUGUUAGUCGACCGCCUUCUCGCCGAAAAUGGCGUCUUUUGAGAGAUCCUUAGUUCAAACUGCUCCAAAUCAUGAUGACGAAUUAAGUGCCCAGUGCCUUUAUUCCAAGGAAAUUUUACUUGAUUAGGGUUUUUCGUUUUUAGGAGUGUUAUUUUCAAUUAAUAUGACAGCUUCGGAAUUAAUCGAAUUUUUCCCAUUUUAUUGUUGGUAGAAUUUUAAAUUAUUCAAUAAGAUGUCUGAAUAGAAAAGGACUUUGAACUGAUGGCAAUUGUAUUGUUGUUGUUGUUGUUUUCGUCGUUGUGGUUGUUUCCCCGUACAUAGAAUUUCUAAUGUUAAGAUAAAAAUUACCAACGAGCACGUGUAUGCAGUAAUUAAGUCCGUGUUUUUUCCCUGUCGUGUCCUAACGAAUAUUUUUGUAUCUUAGCGCCGACGUUCACAGCUUAAUCAUUCAUUAUUACUCUGUCUUA